AUCACAUUCACAAAGGGAGUGGUCGGCCCUCCACCUCCGCGCUCCUCCCUCUUUCAAUUUCUUCUUCCCUCCAAUGCUUAAUUUAUCCCAUCUCUUCUCUCCUUCCAAACCCUAGCCACAUCUCCGAUCCCAAUCCCCACCCAAAGUCCCAUUCUUUCUCCCAAAUCUCCAAUGCAAUCCCCCAAUUCCGACGACCCCCAAACCCCUCAAGACCCCGAACCCUCCGAUUCCAAUUCAACCGUCGAUGACGACGAAACUCCCGCCGCAGACGACGAGUCGUCCGUUCUCGACGUCUCCGGCAAAAGCUUGGAUUUUUCGAUUGGGGAGAGCUCCGGCGACGCCGUCGGGGCUUUGUAUUUAUAUAAAAACGUGUACAAUCUGCUGCCCAAGUCGGUGGGGAGGCUGAAGCGGCUGAGGACGUUGAAGUUCUUCGGAAAUGAGAUUAAUUUAUUCUCUUCGUCGGAGUUUGGGAACCUGGUGGGGUUGGAGUGCUUGCAGCUGAGGCUGUCGUCGCCGGCGUUUGAUGGUUUGCCGUUGCAUAAGUUUAAGGGGUUGAAGGAGCUGGAGCUUUCGAAAGUGCCGUCGAGGUCCUCGGCUAUUCCGAUACUGAGUGAGAUUGCUAGGCUCAACUGUCUCACCAAGCUCUCUGUUUGUUACUUUUCGAUAAGAUACCUUCCUCCUGAAAUUGGCUGCUUAAGCAAUUUGGAAUACCUAGAUCUUUCAUUCAAUAAGAUGAAGAGUUUGCCAGCUGAAAUUAGUAAUUUAACUGCCUUGGUAUCGUUAAAAGUUGCCAAUAAUAAAUUAUCAGAACUACCUAUGGCUUUGUCCUCAUUGAAAAUGUUGGAGAACUUGGACGUAUCGCACAACAGGUUGACAUCAUUGGGCUCCCUUGAUCUUAGAUUGAUGCAUACCCUCCAGAAUUUAAAUCUUCAGCACAACAAGCUUCCUGUCUACUGUCAAAUACCUUCAUGGAUAUGUUGCAGUUUGGAAGGUAAUGGAAAAGAUCUGUCCAAUGAUGAUUUUAGCAGUACCUCAGUUGAAAUGGAUGUGUAUGAAACUGCCAUUCAGAAGAAUGAUGAGAAUCGUUUUCACACCGGCUCUCAUGAUAUCUCAUCAAGUAUAGCUGCUCCUUCAUCUAACAGCAGGUGUUUCACAACACGGAGAUCUGCUGGUCGGUGGAAGCGACAGUUCUUGCAGAGGAGAGCUCGUCAAGAACGCUUGAAUAACAGCAGGAAGUCAAAAGGUCUGGAUCUUCCUAAGCUGCACAUGAAGGAUGAUGAAGAAUGGAAACGAGGCAAUAUAGAUGCUAAUUUUGAAUCAUAUCGUGAAAGUGCAUCAGACAUUAUAAAUUUAGAUGAUGAUGAUGAUAAAAGUUUACUUUCUGGAGAAGAUGAAGGUGUAAACGUCUCCCAUGCUGCACAUCGUGACAUGUGUUCGAAGAAGGAGGAGAUUUGUGUAAGAAGUUGCUCAUCUCUCACGGUUAACUCGACUCUAGUAGAUAAUGGUGAUAAAAAAGAUUGUUACGAAAGUGAUGCAUCGUCAACUUGUAAUCAAGAGGUUACUGGUGAGCAUGAUGAUGCGUCAUAUUCAGAAAAAUCCAAUUGCAGCUCCAAGUCCAAGAGGCCACGAGAUGGGGAUCUUGAUAGUAGGAAUCUUCAGGAUCUAAAACGUUGGAAGUGUGGAGAUUGUAGCUCAAGCCUAUCUUGUAGAAACAUGUCUUGCAAGUAUAAUAAUAUGUCAUUUUGCGGUGCUGAGGACCAUCUUCCAGAUGGGUUUUAUGAUGCUGGACGUGACAGACCCUUCAUGCCACUAGAGAGUUAUGAGCAAAUUUCCCAGCUUGACUCCCGUGAAGUUAUCCUUGUGGACAGGCUAAGGGAUAAAGAGUUAGAUGGAAUUUUGUGCUCUGCCCGAGAUAUGGUGUCUCAGUUGAAGAAGUUGAAUGGUUUAAGUACAGACAGAGAUCGGGUUGAUGAGCUACAGAUUGCAUUAUAUCUCGCUCUAUUUGUAUCAGAUCAUUUUGGAGGAACCGAUAGGGCUGCUCUUGUUGAGAGGAGGCGAAGGGCUGGUGGUUGUUCAAUAUCCAGGAAGCCUUUUGUAUGCACCUGCUCAAUUAGGAACUCUGAAUCUGUUAGUCUGAGCCCCAAACAAUCUCUGGAGAGUGUUGAAGAUAUUGCCUUUUCUGAUAUCUGUGAGAAAUCUCUUCGUUCUAUCAAAGCCAAACAAAAAUCUGUUGUAGUUCCUAUAGGGGCCUUGCAGUUUGGUGUUUGUAGGCAUAGAGCAUUGCUACUGAAGUACCUAUGUGAUCGGAUGGACCCUCCAGUCCCUUGUGAGCUUGUCAGGGGAUACCUGGAUUUCAUGCCACAUGCUUGGAACAUUAUAUCAGUCAAGAAAAAAGACUCAACCAAGAGAGGUGACUCGAUUAAGGGAGGGGACUUGGUUGUCAGAGAUGAAUCGCGGAUUCGUAUGGUUGUUGAUGCAUGUCGUCCACAUGAUGUAAGAGAGGAGACUGAUCCAGAAUAUUAUUGCAGGUAUAUACCUCUCAGUCGGACCAGAGUUUCUUUCUCUGGAACAAGCCCCACUGAUGUUUGUUCAUUUCCUUUGGUGUCCUCUUCGGAUGAAACUCAAACUGAAUCCGGUAGUUCUCUCAUUCGGUGUAAAUAUGGUUCGGCUGACGCAGCAGCAAAGAUGCGUACUCUGGAGGUAUAUGGGACCUCGGUGGAUGAUAUUAGGAACUUCGAGUACAGUUGCUUAGGUGAAGUUAGAAUUUUAGGUGCUUUGCAACACCCCUGCAUAGUAGAGAUGUAUGGACACAGUAUGUCAUCAAAGUGGGCUCCUUCUAUGGAUGGUAGUUCUGGGCAGCGUAUAUUGCAAUCAGUAAUUUUCAUGGAGUAUAUAAAUGGGGGUUCCUUAAAGGGUUAUAUAGAAAAGCUAUCUAAAGCAGGGGAGAAGUGUGUCCCUCUGGAGUUAGCUUUGAGCAUUGCUAAAAAUGUUGCCUGUGCACUGGUGGAGUUGCACUCAAAACAUAUUAUUCAUCGUGACAUAAAAAGUGCAAAUAUUUUGAUUGAUAUCGAUAGGAAGACAGCUGACGGAACACCUGUUGUGAAGCUCUGUGAUUUUGAUAGGGCAGUGCCUCUCAGCUCGUACUUGCAUACAUGCUGCAUUGCUCAUAUUGGGAUACCUCCUCCUGAUGUUUGUGUUGGGACACCUCGUUGGAUGGCUCCAGAGGUUCUGCGGGCAAUGCAUAAACGAAAUAUAUAUGGACUGGAAGUUGAUAUCUGGUCGUUUGGAUGCCUUCUUUUGGAAAUGUUGACUUUGCGGAUUCCUUAUUUGGGAUUAUCGGAAUUGGAGAUUCAUGACUGUAUAUCGAUGGGAAAAAGGCCCAAGUUGACAGAUGACUUGGAGGCGCUCCGGCUAUUGGAGAAGCCUUCAAUGGCCCAGUCUGCUGAAGAGCUUGAGCAAACAGAAGACGACUUGGACACACUGAGAUUUCUUGUUGACUUGUUCAGCCAAUGUACUGCAGAGAAUCCGGAGAAUCGUCCAACGGCAGAUUGCCUGUACGAAUUGCUGCUUGAACGCAGCACUGAGUUUACAAGUUCAAGAAGUUAGAAAUGCUAGGUGGAGCCUCAG